AUGAAAGUUCUUCCGGCCGAAGAUAAGGUUGCGAGGGUUGCUAAUGAGAGGCCUUCUGUGGUGACAGAUGUUUCUAAAGAGAUAAGGGAUGAAUUGAACAGAGGCUGUCCCCUAGGCGUAUCACGGGUCAUUGAUUUCGUAUACAUAUGUGGAGCCCACGCUUUGCCCGGCGCUGUAAAGACCCUGCGACCAAGUCUGGUGGUAAAUGCCGCCCCAGAACUACCACCACCGCCAGAAGACUAUGUACCACGGCAUUAUGUACCACUGUUGGACACACCCAAUUCCGAUAUGCAUCCUUAUAUGGAAAGCGUCGCUGACUUAAUAAAUGAAGUGGUCACAAGAGAUGAAGCGGUAUUAGUUCAUUGUGUAGCUGGUGUAUCAAGAUCCGUCACGUUAUGCUUAGCAUACCUCAUUAAAUGGCACAAAAUGACACUCAGAGACGCGUAUCACCAUAUGAAAAGGCGAAGGCCGCAAAUACGACCGAACACUGGAUUCUUUAAGCAGUUAAUAAAAUACGAAGAGAGAUUAUUUGGCGAAGCCUCCGUGAAAAUGGUGUAUUGUGAAGCGAUCGACAAGGAAAUCCCGGACGUGUACGAGCCAGAUUAUAGGGGAAUGACCUGGUUCAGACAGCGGUAUGGGCCUAUUGAGAAUUGUUAA